AUGACUUUGGCGCAAGAUGUCAACAAAAAGGUUUCCCUUGUGGAUAAACUACUCCCACUUUUGAUCAUCUUGGCAAUCAUAAUCGGUAUCGUGAUCUCCGUAUAUGCUCCAAAUGCUCAGUCUUCUUUUGGUGGAGUAACGGUUGUUGGGGUUUCCGUGCCGUUGGCAGUGGGUAUGAUCAUCAUGAUGAUCCCACCAUUUUUCAAAGUUAGAUGGGAAUUUUUGAACCAAACCAUGUUCACACGGCUGUUCGCAAGAUCCAUGAUGAUUUCAUUAGUUCUCAACUGGAUUAUUUGUCCACUUUUCAUGCUUGGACUCGCAUGGCUCACCUUGUUCGAUCAACCUGAAUUUCGAACAGGAAUCAUCAUGAUUGGAACCGCCAGAUGUAUUGCUAUGGUUGUUCUUUGGAACGAUAUUGCUGGCGGAAGCACCGAUUUGUGCGCCAUAAUUGUUGUGGUCAACAGUUUGUUGCAGUUGGUGUUGUAUGCUCCCUACCAGCUUCUCUUGUGUUACGUUAUUUCUGGCGAUCCGAUUCCAUCUAUGAUAUCUUACUCUUUGGUGGCUAAAACGUUGGUGUUUUUCUUGGGUAUUCCAAUUGUGGCGGGAAUAGUAUUGAGAUUUCUCGCAAAGAUUUCCAUUGGAGUGGAAUUGGGAACCAAGAUUCUUUCACCUUUUGCUCCAUUAGGACUUCUCUACACGGUGAUUGUAAUUUUUAUUGAAAAAGGCAAAGAUUUUCUCCACGAAACAGGCCCAGCUUUCCGGUGUUUUGCUCCACUUUUUGUGUAUUUCGUGGUGGUUUGGAACGCUACAUUUUUUGGGUUACGGUGGCUUUUGGGUAGAACCGUUCUUGUGCAAGAGGAAAACAACCCUCUAUUAUGUGGCUGUGAAAAAGAGAAGGAAUCAAACCCCAAAGCAUGGAAAAUGUGGUGCUCGGCUCCAUACCAAGAGGUGGCUACACAUGCAUUUACUGCUGCUUCAAAUAACUUUGAAUUGAGUCUUUCUGUUGCAAUUUCACUCUACGGAGCCAACAGCAAACAGGCAAUCGCAGCCACCUUUGGCCCAGUGUUGGAGAUUCCUCUCCUUAUGAUUCUUUGUUUCGUCUCUCUCUACUUUCGCCGUAUCUUUUUGUGGCUGGAUGUUCGGAGUGAAGCAGAAGAGCCUGUGACUUCAGACAGUUAA